AUGGGCUUCCUCGAUAAGCUGGCCGCCAAGGCCGGUGGCGGCAAUCGGCCCACCUCGCAGCAGUACGGCGGCCAACAGGGCUACGGCCAGCAGCCUGGAGGAUACGGCGGCGGCGGCGGCGGAGGAUAUCCCUCCAGCCCGUACCAGCAGCAGCCGCAACAUCACCAGUCGUUCGGCGGGGGCACCCCCGGUGGCGGCGCCAGCGAAAAGGGUGGCGACGACAAUCGCCCGCUCCCCGAAGGCUGGAUCAAGCAGUGGGACAGCAACUACAACCGCCACUUCUACGUCGAUACCAAGGCCACGCCCCCUCGCUCGAUCUGGGUGCAUCCGGACGACGAAAAGAGCGGUGGUGCGCCGCCGCAACAGCAGAGCUACGCUCCCCCGCCCGGCGGGCCACCCCCCAGCAACGACCAGCGCGGAUGGGGCGGACCGCCGCAGCAGCACCAGCAGAUGCCCUAUGGCGGCGGGCCUGGCGGCUACGGCCAGCCUGCUUACGGUGGGCCCAUGUACGGCGGCGGCCAGCCCUACGGCCAGCCCAUGUACGGCCAGCCGCCGAUGAUGGCCCAGCAGCGCCGCUUCGGCGGCGGAGGCGGCGGCGGCGGCAUGGGCAUGGCCGGCGGUGCGGCGCUCGGUCUCGGCGCCGGCAUGCUCGGUGGCGCGAUGCUGGCCAACAGCAUGGACAACGCCUACGACGAGGGCUACGAGGACGGCGGAGGAGGCGACAUGGGCGGCGGCGACGACAUGGGAGGCGACUUCUGA